AUGGACGGAGUGAUUGAAUCAAAGGAACACUUGUGCUAUCCGGUCAUCCAUGAAGACCCUAGUAUCAGUCAAAUCAUGAAAUACACAAGACCAAAAGAAUUGGGAUAUUCUGCUUUGUGGAGUGUAGGAUUGGGAAUUUUUGGAUAUGCCACUGGCGCACCCAAGAGAAUGCCUUCCGCUGUUGUUGGUGCUUGUGUGGGUGCUGUUGGUGGUUUGAUUUUCUCUCAAUAUUCUUCGUUUUUACGUUUGAAGGGAUACAAGGAAAAUAGAGCGGAAUUAAUCAAGGCUGGUAUUAUUAGUCCUGAAGGUAGCAAGCGUCUUGUGAAAGUGGUGAAGAGAAGACCUCUCGUUUCUCCUCAACAAGCACUCUAA